AUGGACCCGAACGGUCCAUAUCAUGACCCGAACGGUCCAUAUCAUGACAAUUCACGCCUUCACGCCUUCCCUUACACCACUCAGAGAGGUUUAAACGAAGCUCUUGAGGCGGCGCGUAGCGAGGUGACCCGUCUGCACGGUGAACGUGACCAGUACGAGGAGACGAUGAAGAAAGCGUUCAUGCGCGGGGUGUGUGCGCUCAACCUGGAGGCCAUGUCCAUGUUCCACCAAGGGGAGCAGGGGGGUAGACCAGCAGACCCUCAGGAUGAGGAGGGGGGAUCAGUUGUCCCCCAUGAGGAGGUGUACCAGUCAGGACCCCCCCAGGCUCCCCCACCCCGGGUGGUCACCAGCCAGCACCCCCCACCCAAACCCUCUGUCAGCUUCAGCACUGCCAGACCUGCAACAAAAACUAUUCCUAGCUCAAGGUCAUCUGCAACCCAGAAACCAGGGUCAAGGACAAUCACAGCCAAGGUCACAGCAAAGCAGGAGGGGCCGCGGCUGGGGCAGGCUGGGAAGGGUCCGGGCAGCGUUGCCAUGGGACUGGCCCCGCCCAUGAGCUCUGUCAUGGUGGAGAGGCAUCACCCUGUCACUCAGCAAACAAUAGGGCAUGCCACAGCUUCCAGGUAUCCCAGAAUGCCCUCCCAGUCCCAGCAGCCCUUGCAGCAGUCCCAGUCCACCAUUUCCCAGAGAAAGGUCGCAGGUCAAGCUGGCAAAGUUCAUCUGGGGACACCGAAUGUCCACUCUGUUAAAGUUGUGCAGUAGUAAGAAGAUGAUGUUACACAAUCAUGUACUACAU